AUGUACUAUCAAUCAAAAAUUUAGUGUAAUGAAUAUAAAGACAUAAUAAAAUGGGAUGAAGAAGGAAUUAAAAUUAAAAUUAUAGAUAAGUCCUUAUUAUAAGAGAAUGUUUUGCCACGAUUUUUUAAACAUAGCAAUUAUUCCAGUUUCUUAAGGUAUUUUAUUUCUAUAUUUUCCAGAUAAUUAAAUAUGUAUGGUUUUACUAGUUGUAAGGAUUAAAAUGGAAUCUUAACAUAUGAACACCCAUACUUUACUUAAAAUAAAAUUAUUCAGAAGUUAAUUUAGAAAAAAAAGUAAACUCACAUAGAGAAAUAAUAAGUAGGGACAUUUAUUAUGGAAUAAAAGGAAAUAAAAAAUACAAUGACUACUUUGAAAUAAGAAUAAAUCAAUAUUUAACAAUAAUUAGUUGUAUUUAUUAAAUAAUAGUUGAGAUUUUAACAUCAUUUUAAAAUGAUCAUUGAAGUAUAAUAUUAUUAAAUUAUUGAUAGAAACUAUUAGAGAUAAAGGCAAUAUAAGAGAGAAGAGGAGUGUUUUUUAUUGAGAGUGUACGAAUGAUAGUAAAAGCAAUGAAACCAGAAGCUUGUAAAUUCAAUUUUAAUAUCAAUUCAUAGAGGCCUCAUUUUAGUAUUUAAUAAAGUGUGUAUAUCCAAAAGAAGAAGAUUAUGGGAUGAGGGAGACAUUUCUCAUAAAGGAAGAUGAUAUUGAUGUACUAUGUCCAAAUUCUCCAGCACCAUUUGGAAAAGCCGUUGUUGAAGAUAUUGGAAAUUACUUAAAUCAUAAGUAGAAUCAAUUUAAUCUUGAAACUUUGGAACCAGUUUGGUUUUUUGGUUAAUAAGAAUCAGAUUUUAGCUUUUUUGGGUUUGAUUUGUGA